AUGCCGACCUCCAAUACCACCUCUUCCCCCGUCAAGCGCCCCGGUCUCGGCCGCCGUGCGGUAUCCUCUCAUGCAGUCGUCACGCGCGCCAACCCGAAUGACCUGUCGGAGUCUCACACGCAGAAGGCGCCCGUGCAUCAUAAGGCACACCGCGCCCAUGUUGUUGGCGGUCACCGCAAUCAUCACCGAAACCCCUCCAUCGGAAAAAACCUGAGCAAACUCCAGCGAUUCCAACUUGCCCAGGUUGGUCCCGAAACUACCGGGCGUCAUCACCAGCGCAAGAAGUCUGCGCCCGCAACUCCGAUAGCAAGCCCCAAAGAAGGUGGACAUGUUCGUUGGGAUAAUGCCGUCGAUAAUCAGCCCACCGCUCCUCCUAUGAAGAGAAACUAUUCGACUCCUGCCUUGCGCCGGAAUAACUCGGCUGUCGGGAAGAAAGCGUUGGUGACCGAACGACCCCAUUCCAGUGCAGCAAAAAAGAAGACGGUCGGCUUCGAGUUGGGUGAUGACGACGUCGAGGUCGACGACGCUGAUUGGGAAGAUACCACUCAGUCGCCCGAAAGUACGCGGCGUAACUCUGUCGUGCCAUCCAACCACAGCGCUGAUAACACCACUAUUCUUGUCGAUCCCCUUACAUUUGUGAAGCGCCCCUACCCUCAGAUUGCUCGGGCGACCAGUCUCCCAGAAUCGAUCACAAGCAAGUUUGCUCGGGAACGUGCCGAAUUGGAAGAAGGCCAGGACCAAGAGGAAGACGAGGACCACCACGACUCUGACAACGACUCCGAGAACUCUAGCCAGCACACUGAGCAAGGUGAUAUCGCAACCCGCCUUCUCAGCCCCUCCCACUCGGCCAAAGCACCUCCCGCCAUGUCUUCGAUUUCGGCGAUGGUCAAGCCGGCGGCCAAGGAUCCCGCAUCGCGCAGCAGCGCAUCUCUCAACCUGGCUGCUGGCCAGGAAAGCGCCCGCCGCACGUAUUCUACGGCCAGCAUGGCCAGCAUGCCUGGCUCUCACCCUCACGCUACCUCAUCCUCUAUGGAAGGAGGUGUCUCGAGAUUCAUUAUGAACAACAAGAACAGCAUCCAAGCAUCAUCCCGUACUGAUUCUGACCCGAACACCCCGUCUUCAUUCCUCCCUCACUACCAUCCGCAGACCCCGCCUUCUCCUGGUCGCGCCACUGGCAAAUCCACUGCUUCUCCUGCGCGCCCACGUGGUGCUGACUUGCCUUCUCGGACACAGCAGAAGCUAUGGCUUCAACGCACUGCCACUCUCAACAACUCUCCCCCUGAUAGCCACGGGGUUCCACCUUCGGCAGCCCCGUCCACGGUUGACCCAACCUUCAACACAGUCAACCAUACGCGCCCUGGUACUGUCACAUUUGACGCCAGCCGAGGGUUGACCAGCGGCGGUCGAGCUGGAGGCGCAGGACAUGACGGUGAAACUCGGCAUAUCCGCAAGGCGUACGAGAAAACCUCCCUAGAACUCACAGUUGUGCGGCGUUUCCAAUCUCCCACCGGAGAGAGCUUCGCCCGACUUCGUCAUGUUGCCCGAGCAGCUAAGGUUGCACAAACAUCAUCAGCACUCGGCAAGCAAGUCAAACCAGCCCCCUCUUUGCCUCUUCUCCAACAAGGCAAGCGUCCCAGUCGCCUCAGUUCAAGUCCCACGUCUAAACCAUCAACUCGUAACCCAAUCACGAUCGAAGAUUCAGCGGCCAACAGCGACCCCACCAAGUCUGCCAAGUCCAGUGAUCCUUCUUCUCGCAUCCUCUCCACCUCCGCCGAAGCCUCACGGGAUCUCAUAGGCGAGAACGAAGUUGAAGACUACCAGGUCAACGACGCCGAAAUGAUGAUCCGUCGGAUCUGGGAAAGCCGAGAGGUAGCCACGCACGGCUAA